GACUCUGAAAAAGUGAAAGGAUGGACAGCGGUUUUCCAACUGUUUGACACUAAUGGUGAUGGAUAUAUAACAGAGACAGAUAUGGAUAAAUUCUUUCAAGAGUCUGAGUAUGCCAGUAGUUUUGAAGAGAGCGCCAGGGCAAACAUUUACAAGUUGAUCAGGGAAAACGAUGGCAAAGUGAAUCUAGACAAGUUCCUUAGCGUCGUGGGAAGCUGGAAAAUUACCACUUUGAAAGCUUUACAAGACGCCUUUCCUGAUCAAACAAGUGUUUCGGGAGAAGAUUUGAACAGGGAGUUAAAAUUGGACAACAAUGGCUUAAAAUUUCAACCUAACAAAUAUUACGAACUGGAAG